AUGCUGGCAGGCUGCCGGCAGCGUUCCGGACAGGGGGAUCUGUCCCUGUGGCUGCAGGAGUACCAGGGGACACUGGAGCGGGACGGGCAGACAACGCUGCGUGUGACGGGCAGGGAAGGAGACACUCUGGACGUGCUCCUGGAGAACAUGGGCAGGAUCAGCUUCGGCGCCAACAUCAGUGACUUCAAGGGCUUGCUGAGGAACCUCUCCUUGGACUCCAGCCCUCUCAGCAACUGGCUCAUCUACCCCCUGGCCAUAGACACUGCCAUCCAGCAGGGCUGGCCCCACGCUGCCCUGCCGAAAUCAAGCAGCAGGAGCAGAGCAGGGCCAGCCUUCUACACUGGGACCUUUGAGACCCCUGGCAUCGCUUGGGACACCUUCGUGAAGUUCCCAGGUUGGACCAAGGGCCAGCUGUGGAUAAACGGCUUCAACCUGGGCCGGUACUGGCCCCCUCGUGGGCCCCAGCAGACCCUCUUUGUGCCCGGCUCGGUGCUGCACGUUGGCCGCCCCAACAACAUCACAGUGCUGGAGCUGGAGGGGGCACCCCCUGCCCCCUUUCUGCUUUUUCUCGACCGACCCCUUUUCAACAGGACCCUCGCGGCCACAGAAUAAAUGCAGG